AUGAGCACAAUCCCUGCUUGGAAAAGAGCCGGACUUUCUGUCAAUAAAAAUGAAAUUGAAAACGAAGACAAUUUGCUAGAAACCAAGAGAAUAGACUCUGCUAAUCUAUCAACCAAGGAGAUCAAAAAAGUAAGUAAUAAACGUAAAUUACAAGAUGACUUAUCACAUUCAAAAACCAAAAAACCACCAAAAAGAAUAAAACUACCAAAAUCAGAAAGAAAACCACCUCCAAUAAAAGACCAAUUGAUGUAUUUGAAGACAUAUGAAGAAGACAAACCAAAUUGGAAAUUUAAUAAAUCCAAACAAAAUUGGGUCUUAAAGAAUAUAAAAGAUAUACCUAAAGAGUAUGAAACUGCUUUGAUUUUGUAUUUGGGAAGUCUACAAGGUGGCUCAAGGGAUAGAUUAAUAAAUGAAUUAAGGGAAGAUAUAUUGAAAUGGAAUGUGAAGUAUGAUGAAAUGGAACGAAAAGUCGAAGAAAAGUUAUUGAAUGGAGAAGCUAAUGAAAAAGAUGAGGAUAAGAAGAGCAACGAGGAGCACGGAAAGAAUGAAGUAAGAAAUGAAUUAACAUUAGAAUACAUUACUAGAUGUAGGGACAUACUAAAGAGCUUAGUGGACGAUGAAAUUAUUGUCAAAGGUUUGGAGCAAAAUGAAGAGGGACAUCUCGAAGAAGAGAAAACAUCGAUAGAUCAAGAGCAAAGCCACCUGAGCCCUAGUGAUGAGGUAAUUUCUCAUGGAAUAGAAAGCCCGACUGAAGAAGAACUCGGAAAUGCAGAAAGUUCAAAAAAGAUAAAAAAAGAUAAAAAGUCUAAAAAUAAGGUAUUAGAGAAGGAAAACAAAGGCAAAGCAAGUCAACUAGAGAAAGAAGAAUUGAAAGUUGAUAAGCUCGAUAAGAAAGAGAGGAAGGAGAAGAAAGAGAAGAAAGAGAAGAAAAGCAAGAAAGACAAGCAAAGCAAGAGUGAGAAGAAGGAAAUGAAAGAUGAGAAGCAAAAGCAGCGAAAACCUGACGCUUUAGAAUCCGACUCAACCUCUAAUUUAAUAAUAAAUGAAAUUGAGGUUUAG